AUGGAAGGUGCGCACACCAUCGGAAUCGCCCACUGCUCGUCCUUCGCCGACCGCCUCUACAGCUACCCCAGCGCCUGCAACGGCACCGGGACCGAACUGCCCCUCGAUGCCUCCUAUGCCACCAACCUGCGGCAGCAAAAGUACAGGAUGGGCGAUAGUGCCGCAGUACAGAUUGACCCCGGCAGCUUCUUGACGUCCGGCCUCGACUACUACCACACUGUGCUCAAGCACAGGGCCCUGUUCCGGUCCGACGUCGCGCUGGUCACCGACGGCGCGGCGCAGGCCGACAUCGGCGGCGUCGUGUCAAGCCCACCGGAGGUGUUCUUCCAGGUGUUCGCGUGGUCCAUGGCGAGGCUGGGCGCCGUGCAGGUCAAGACCGGCUCUCAGGGGGAGAUCAGGAAGCACUGCGCCGUCGUCAACAGCUAGAUCAAAAUGAGAUGCCCGGAGAGGGUU